UUCUGAUAGGCCAACCGUACGCAUGGCAGAAGAAAUACAAAAGUGUACGUCAGUUAUAACAUAACCUCAGAGACAAGCAAAACAGCGAUAUACUACGAAACAGCGAUUUACUGCAAAACAGCGAUACACAGCCUCAAGUCGUUAGUCACCUAACGUGAAUUUGUCAACAACAAGUAUUUACAUGUAAUCCUGAACAACACUGCUAUUAUUUUUUGUUUAAUGUCAGAAGCUGUUUUGUGAUCACUUCAACUUAUAAAAAGAUGAACACUACGUCCUUUGUAUUAUACGAUGUUUUCUAUGACCAAGCCAAAGAGGGCAGCAUCGACUACCCCGUGCUGCACAACAGUUCCCACGAGCGGGGUUUCGUGCAGGUCGCGCUGUUCGGGAUCUUCGCUUGCGUCUGGAGCCUGGUAUUCAACUCCCUGCUUAUCCUCCUCAUCGUCUGCCAGUCCCAGGUCAGGUCCCAGUUCGUCUUUAACCACGUCAUCAGCCUCUCCAUAUCCGACUUCCUGUACAGCUCACUGGUUGACAUCAUCACCGCGUACUAUGACCUGAUGCCAUGGAAGCUAGGGCCACACGUCUGCAAGGCGUGGAUGAUUCUCGACGUCAUGAUCCCGUUCGUUUCGCUGCUCAUCAUAAUCAUACUCAAUCUGGACAGACUUCUGUUCGCCAUAAGCCCGAUCAGCUACUUCAGACUGUUUCACAGAAAGAUUUUCAGACUAGCGGCGCUCGUCUUGCCGUGGAUCAUAGGGAGCGUUAUCGUGGUUCCUUUGUGGUUACUAACCUCCACUGUCGAACCCAAGCCCGGGAUGUGCAUCUACGGGAUUACGCAGGAAGCGGCGGUGACGUCAUCGGUCAUAUCCCUGUUUCUGCCAUGUGUCUUUAUCAUUAUUCUGACCGUCUUUAUUCUCGCUACUCUUAUAGGCGGGCUCCCGCAAGAUCUGAACGAGUUUGUGUCUCUAACUUUCAACGGUAGCGACAGAACCAGCACGAAGACCAUCAAGAAAAAGCAUACUGGAGUUGUUGUGGCCUUGACCUUUGUGAACUUUUUCACCCUCGUGCUGCAGCUGCCGUUCGGCGCCAUAUCCAUACUCCAGCCCGAAUGCAUGGACCCGACCUGUUCGUCCACUCUGAAAAUGCUGCAGGCUUUAAGCUGGCUUAGAUCGGCCAAUCCGGGAAUUAGACCAGUUUUCUGGAUUUUGAUAACCGAACUCCGCCAUAUUUGUUGCUCGUGCUGUGACGUCACGUCCACAUCAUCCAAUGAAAUGAGGCUUAUGGAAAUGACGUCAGUGACGAACACAAACCUUACGAAUGAACCAAUACUUAGUGAACAUUCUCCAGAAGAAAUGAACAAACAAGUGUAGUUUUGUCGUAUGCUAUCAUCCAUUUUACUUCUGUUGUUUGUUUGUGUUUGUGUUUAUAUUGAUUUAUGUUUUUGCUUAUUGUGGGUUUUUUUCUUUAAUUUAUAAAUAUAUUAAAUCUA